AUGACUAGAGAGCCUGGAGCCUUGUACCUUGGGUUUGAUCUUUCCACCCAACAAUUGAAAUGCCUUGUUAUAGACCAAAACUUGCAGCUCCUGCACUCUGAGAGCAUUGAGUUCGACAAAGAUCUGAGCCAUUAUAAGACUCACAAAGGCGUUUAUCUGCAUGACGAUGGCACUGUAGAGUGCCCAGUGGCAAUGUGGCUCGAGGCGAUAGACCUGGUGUUCCAUCGGAUGCAGAAGCACAAGCACAUAGACCUAGGAUUGGUGAAGGCCAUGAGUGGCUCUUGUCAGCAACACGGGUCGGUAUACUGGACCGAAAAGGGUCCAAAACUGCUGCCUGUGCUCGAUGCAAAUGGAUGUUUGAAGGAUCAGUUGUUCCCCGAGGGAUUUUCCAGAAACGUAGCUCCCAAUUGGCAGGAUCAUAGCACCAGCCAGGAGUGUCGGAAGUUCGAAGACAGCUGCGGCGGCCCGGCGCAGCUGGCCCAUAUAACGGGCUCUCGUGCUCACCACAGGUUUACCGGUCCGCAGAUGAUGAAGAUAGCGAAAAAGGAGCCGGAGACAUAUGCCAAGACGCACAAAAUCUCCCUUGUGUCCUCAUUCCUAGCGUCUAUUCUAUCCGGCCAGUUCACACCGCUCGAAGAAGCCGAUGCUUGUGGCAUGAACCUCUACGAUGUUGCGAAACGUGACUACAACGAGAACCUUAUGCGGAACGUGGACACUGACACUGACAGCUUGAGGGAGAAAUUGGGCGGUUCUCCUAUACCAGCCGAAGAACCCAGGCCUGUGGGUACGCUAUCAAGCUAUUUCUCGAUAAAAUAUGGGCUCAAUUCCCAGUGUCAGAUAUUCCCAUUUACAGGUGACAAUUUGGCGACCAUUUGCUCACUUCCCCUUCAACCAAAUGAUGUACUUGUGUCUUUGGGAACUAGCACGACAAUCCUUCUUGUCACCGACCAGUACCAUCCUUCUCCGAACUACCACUUGUUCCUGCAUCCAACCAUACCAAAGCACUAUAUGGGAAUGAUAUGCUACUGCAAUGGUGCACUAGCAAGAGAAAGAAUUCGGGACGAAAUGAACGCUAAUCACGAUUGGGAGCCUUUCAAUGAAGCAGUGGCUUCUGAUGCGCUCGACAACGACGAUGAAAUAGCGUGCUACUUCCCGCUGGGGGAAAUCGUUCCGAGUGUUCCAAGCUCAUACCGUCGUGCUAAGUUCACCCGCUCUGCAGACGGAAAUAAUGUGGCACUUAAAUUGGUUGAGUCCUUUGAAAGUGUGGCCCAUGACGCGAAAAACAUCGUCGAAUCUCAGGCUCUGAGCUGUCGAGUGAGGAUAAGCCCGCUGCUUUCUAAGGACUGUGAGGAUACUAACUGUAAGAUGAGCGACUCUACUGUCCACUUCGACUGCGAUAAUUUCCCCCUUUCCGAGUAUACAAAGCGUCCCAGAAAAGCAUUUUUCGUAGGAGGAGCAUCCAAGAACGAUGCUAUUGUGGAACGUUUUGCGCGUGUGUUGGGGGCCACGGAAGGGAACUAUCGCCUUGAAACCCCCAAUUCAUGUGCCCUUGGAGGAUGUUACCGGGCUCUCUGGUCCCACCUCUACUACGAAAAGCUCACCAGCGCCGCAUUUGAUCAAUUUCUCAAUCGCAAGUUCAGGUGGGAUACUGAUGUUCAAUCCUUGAGGCUAACCAGCGAACGGGACUGGAUGCACUACAACAAUAAAAUACAUGCGCUCAGUGAACUAGAAAAGACAUUGUGA